AUAAGCUCGAAUAAUCUAGUAAGUGAAUAUAAAAGGGUUGUAAAGUUGUGAUUAUCCAUAUUUAAUAUGGAUUAUGGAAGUAUUAUAUGAUUAAUAAAAAAAAUAGAUUAAUUUAUUAAUUAAUCAUGAGUAUAUUUUUCUUAAAUGAAUAAGAACGUAUACUUGAACCGUGUAUGUGAUUAACUAGAGUUAUCUAGUAAAGAAAUAUAAAAAGAUAUGUGAUAUGUGAUUAGUCAUAUUAAUUAUGGAUUAUGGAAAUGUGGCAUAAUUAAUGAUUAAUCAAUUAAUGGUAUGAAUAAAAGGUUGUAAGAAAGGAUCAUGAGCCAUGAGUUGGGCUUGGGCAUGAGAUUACUCAAAUAAAACAGAAUGAUAUUCCAUGAAAUGUUAAAUACAUCUAAGAAUGUAUUAAGGAAAGAUUUACUUAUUAAUAGUAUUAAUAAGUGUAUUUAAUAUGUUUUAAUUUGGACAGAAAAUGAUUAUAAAUUAUGUGUGAUGAUUUGGACGUCCAAAAUAAUAUUUUUGGACUAAGAAUGACUUGUUGCAUAAGCGUAUAAAAUUUCGUGGAAAUCGGACCCCGUUUGGAUGGUCAAACGGGCAUUGACCAAAAUGUUGACCGGUUGCCCAGGGGUUAACCGGCGCCGGUUAUAGGCAAAACCGGCGCCGGUUAUGGUUCGGUUUACUCAAGAAAAUCAGUAAACCGGCGCCGGUUAUGGGUAAAACCGGCGCCGGUUAUGUAUCGGCUUUCAGGACUGAUUUUUGUUAAAAACCCAAAUCGGACUCGGUUCGACGUGGGAUUAAUUCUGGCCAUCCUAUAUAUGAAUAUUUUGCAUGGAAUUGCAUGAAAUAUGAUGUUUAAAAUGAUAAGGCUUGGAAUACGUUUUAAACGCUAAGACUUGGACUAGUCGUUAGUAAAGAAAUUAUAGACCACGACCAGGCGAGGUACGUGGUGGAUUAUACAUGGCGAGUAAGUACUCGGGACCAAGUAAUGUUAUAUAAUACUGUAUAUGACCAGGAGGAGUCCUCUACACUCAAACGUUAACAAGGGCCCGUGCAGUCCUUGAGGUGUGUUUAACCUCCAUCAAAUUGCAUAUAGGUAACAAGGGCAAAUGCAGUCCUUGAGGUGUGUUAACCUCCACCAAAGUGCAUAUAGGUAACAAGGGCAAAUGCAGUCCUUGAGGUGUGUUCAACCUCCAUCAAAUUGCAUAUAGGUAACAAGGGCAAAUGCAGUCCUUGAGGUGUGUUUAACCUCCAUCAAAUUGCAUAUAGGUAACAAGGGCAAAUGCAGUCCUUGAGGUGUGUUUAACCUCCAUUAAAUUGCAUAUAGGUAACAAGGGCAAAUGCAGUCCUUGAGGUGUGUUUAACCUCCAUCAAAUUGCAUAUAGGUAACAAGGGCAAAUGCAGUCCUUGAGGUGUGUUAACCUCCAUCAAAGUGCAUAUAGGUAACAAGGACAAGUGUAGUCCUUGAGGUGUGUUAACCUCCAGUAAAUUACACAUAGGAUGAGGGGGUAUGCGUACUCCUCAAGGCGGGGUUAACCCGGGAAUGAAAACUGUGAUAGCAAGGACGGAUAGUCCUCGAGGUAGGUGAACCUCGAAGUAAUGAUUUUAAAUGAUUAAACGUGCUUGAUCGGGAACGAGUUUCCGGUAUAAUAUUUUCCUUGGUCUAGGAAUUGAUUUAAACCAUGUCCGUGAUAUGGGAGUCCAAAGGGCCCCACAGUAAUUUUAUUUUGGCAUCGAGUGAGUUAGCCUGCGGGUGACUCCACUCGAGGGUAAGACAUGGGAAGGGUGAAUUUAAUGAGGCUGUUACGCCUAAAUGAUUUGAAAGACAAAUGGGCCCACGGGCCAGAUAUUUUACUCAUAUGUAUAUAUGUAUACAUUUUGUUUUGAAAAGGGGUAGCUAAGAGUUAUGCCCAUAAUUAUACUAUCACCCUAUUUUGAGGGUCUCACGUGAGAAACGUUAGUUACAUUACAUACAGUUUGCCCUCACCAGUACUUUUCUGUAGUACUGAUCCCUCGGGGGAACCACCCUUUCAGGUUGAAGCUAGAGCUUACUUCCUGCACCCGUUGCUCGGGAGAUCGAUGGAGAGAAGACGUGGUUCGUGCUUCCUCUCGUUCUAUUUUUAAAUAAUUAAAUAAUGCUCAUGGAACUAUUUUGACUUAUAAAUUAAUGGAGCCUGCGAGCUCUUGUUUUACCCUUGUGUGGGUUCUUAUUAAACACUCAUAUUCCGCUACGUGUUUGAUUGUAUGUUGAUGUUGUUAUGUAUGUUUACUAAUCGGUUUUGGCAUAUGUAUCUAUCGGACGUCUUGUGCAAUUCGGUAAGGAUGAACUGCGGUUAUUCUUAUUGGGUUGUACGACGGUUGUCCACGUGGCACAGACGCGGUCUGGGCGUGACAAUUAAGUGGUAUCAGAGCCAAACGAUUUCUAAACUAUAUAGUCAACCUCUCAACAGAGUUUCUAUCAAAACAGUUUUCAAUGAAAAACCAUGAGCAUAAGUUUUGUACUUUAAGAGCAUUUGGUUAUCGAGUUGCAAGGUCUCUGGUUGUUAAGAUGGGCCCCUUAACAAUUGGUAUGGCAGUGACUUGAGCCAAGUGGUGUCUUGAGUACGUUUCUGUCAAUUGACAUUCAAACGAGUCCAAAGACUCAUUCCAACAUAUUCUUUCAGGAAUGGGUGGUAGUGAUAGGGCGGUUCGAGGAAAUCCGAGAGGGCGCGGACCGGGGAUAGCCGGGCAAGCCAAUCGGGGGAUAUCAAGGUCGCGUAAAAGGCGAGGUAUGGGCAACCAAGGCCCACAAACACGAGCUGCGAUGGCUGAUCACAAUGUGACUGAAUUCGAGUCGUGGAACUCGGAGGAUGACUCAACUUAUCAGCCUGAAAGUGAGUCUGAAGAAACUUCUUUUGAAGGAAACGAUGGAGAGGAUAUGCACAGUAUUCCUCCUGAUCAGAUUAGUGAGAUGUACCGAUGGUACCAGCGGGAAAGGGAAAGGCAACGACAGAGAUCCCAGGUGGGACAUGUCAGAGACGACACCUCUCGCAGGAGGGGUCGGGGUGCUCAUAGAGUACAGGUUAAGACAAUUAGAGAUUCUGAUGGUGAAGGACCAUUCAUUAAGAUCUCAAAGUACCUCAAAGAGGCUAGGGCCUUGGGGUGCAAACCGUUUGAUGGGACGGGGGACAUAUCGGAAGCAGCCGAGUGGAUAAAAAGGUUAAAUGAUGCAGCUGAUGACAUGCAGGUGGUCCCUGAACGAAAGUUAAGGGUAGCCACUAGAUUAUUGGAGGGUUUAGCUUCUACUUGGUGGGAGGGCACCAAGGGUAAGUUUGACGGGGUUGUCACGUGGGACAACUUCGAGCAAGCAUUUUAUGAGCAGUUUUACACCUCUUUCGAAGUAAAUCGAAAGAGGAGGGAAUAUAUCGAUCUCAAACAGGGAAAUGAGUUUACGGUGAAGCAACUGGAACAAAGAUUCCGACAUCUGGCAAGGUUCUUGCCUGAGUAUGCCGCAAAUGAGAACCGAAUGGCAAACCAUUUUUGGAAUGCACUCAAUUUGGAAAUACGCGAAAGAGCGACCUACCAAUUCAACAUGACUUUUAGUCAAGUAGUAGCCCAAGGUCUUCAGGGGGAGGAGCUUUGGAAGGAAAGGCAAGAAAGGGAUGCAAAGGAAGCACAAGAAAGAGAUCAAGUGAUGAUUCCCCCUCCACGACGAGAGGGAAAAUAUGAACUUCAGAGCAAGGGGGACUCUAACAAGUUAGUUCCGUUUUUCAGUGAGAGUCAGAACUUGGUAAGUCAAAGCUCAAGCACUCGGGGCACGGGGGCACCCAAAUGUGAGAAUUGUAGGCGAAGGCACUACGGGAGAUGUCGAGAGCCAUCUAGAUGUUACUUUUGUGGAGAAACAGGCCACAUCAAGGUUCUUUGUCCUCAACGUACGCGUGAAGGAACAUCAGGAGCUAGAGAAGGGGUCACGGGGGUUGAAAACCCAACUAGGGUUGCCUCAAACAUGGUACCUUCUAAAAGUCAAUGGCGAACUCGCUCGUAAAGGCCGAGAAUGGCGGAAGCCAUUUGUUAGGCCCGACCAUGGCAUAAGGUAUUAUUAAAUUAAACCUUAAUUUCCAUAAAUAUUUUUAUGUUCAAAAUUUUUAGCUUUAGAAAAUGAAGGGAGAAGCGUUUCUCAAGGUUAAGACGCUAAUUUCGGGGACGAAAUUCCUGUAAGGGGGGGUGAACUUGUAACACCGGACCCGAAUUUUACCCAGAUAAAAUUUUUUUUCAUAAAGUACUCGGUUAAAGAAGGUAAAUCAAGACUAAGAGUAGUCUUGAUAAAUGAGAAAGUAAAAAUUUUGUCUUAAAUUAAUAAAGGGUUAUUAAUUUAAACGUGGGACCACACGUGGUAUUUCAAGUUUAUAAAAUAUUACUAUUUUCCAAAACGAUACUAUUAUGAUAGUAGGAAUGGGUCGUGGACCCCAUUGUUAUAAAGAUC